GUUCACCCAGCCUCACAAUUUGCUGUCUUGAACUCGGUCCCAUUUUUUUGAUGGAGAGCAGUGAUAGGUUGCCAGCGCUGGUGACGAAAGGGUUGGUCCUUUACUGGUGCCGUGAGUCGGUGAAAGGUCAAGAUCGUCAAGGGGCAGAGGGAGCAAAAAGGGACAGCGUGCAAGGACGUUUGGGCUUCACCCAUCCUGCUCACAAAUCCCGCAGCAGCUUGGGGAACCUUGCGCAGAAUCCGGAUCAAGCCUCUGCUGGAGACCUGAAGCCGGCCGGGCUGAGCAAUGCUGCUCAACUCCCGGCUAAAGCGUUUGUUAGAUUUAGUCCCCGGAAAGCGACAGUUCGGGGUCUAUCGAUUCUUGCCUUGUUUCUUUGUCUUGGGCGGUGUGCUGGAAUGGAUCAUGAUAAAUGUACGCAUUGGGCACGAAACAUUUUAUGAUGUGUACAGAAGAAAACGGUCCGAACGACAGUACCAAGAGAAAUUAGAACUGUCAACAUCUGGAAAUCAGCUGCCAUCCAAAUAAGUUAUUUAUGCAUAAUUAGAUAAUUACUUUCUGAUUAAUAUGUUCAUUAAACUGUUCCCUUUGUAAAAUCGA